AUGGAAGUGUUUGUCUCCUUGCCAAGUGGUCGAAGCGCAACGAUUCCAACUGCACCCACUGCCACAGUUCUGAAGCUGCGCGAUGCGGCUCAAGAGAUCUUCGGGGUUGGCUUCCUAAGACUCUUGUCGUCCCAAGGGCAGAUCUUGGAUGUUUGUUCUACUCUUCUUGAUACCGGGCUCACAGAUGGUGAGACUUUGACGGCCAUCGUGCAUGCCCCGAAGAUUUGCGCAACACGAAAGGCCUUUGCCAUGAGGUUCAGCAACGGUCACGCUCUUUGUUGGGGCGAUCCCAAAUUCGGUGGUGAUGCCGGCCCCAGCGUCGCGGCUGCUGGACGGGUGGAGCAGAUUGAGUCCACUGGGCACGCCUUCGCCGCUCUGUUGGCGGAUGGAUCCGUUGAAACUUGGGGUCACCCUCGAUUUGGCGGUGACAGCUCAAGGGUUCGCGAUCGCUUGGGAUCGAAUGUGCGGCAAAUCAAAGGAAGCCACUUCAGCUUUGCGGCCAUUCUGCAGGAUGGCACAGUCGUAACAUGGGGGCGUUCAGCUAUUGGUGGAGAGAGCCAACGAGUUCAACAUUUGCUCAGAGAUGUUUGCAAACUUGAGAGCACUCACUUUGCAUUUGCUGCGAUCUUGGCCGAUGGUCGGGUAGUCACCUGGGGUCAACCGGAAGAUGGAGGAGAUAGUUCAAGCGUGCAAAAUGAGCUACGAAAUGUCGCCAGCAUCACCGGCUCCUUAAGUGCCUCCGCAGCUUUGCGAUUCGAUGGCUCUGUUGUGUGCUGGGGCGAUGCCGAGUGUGGAGGAGAUGCAGGUGACGUCCAACGACAACUGAAGCAUGCGACUCGGCCUUGUUUGCGCAAAGCUUUGGUUCAGUGGAUGGUCAUUCAGGAACCAUCGAGCUGUUCCAAGCAUGGCUAUUGA